CAACUUUUAACACCAUUGGAAUCAAUUAGGCACUUCGAACACAAUGGUUUUGGCAGAUUUGGGCCGCAGAAUUACGUCUGCGCUUCGUAAUCUCAGCAGCGCAACAGUGAUUAAUGAAGAAGUACUGGCACAGAUGCUAAAAGAAAUAUGUGCAGCUCUUUUGGAGGCAGAUGUCAAUGUAAAGCUGGUGAAACGACUGAGAGAAAACAUCAAGUCAGUCAUCGACUUUGAAGAGAUGGCAGCUGGUCUGAACAAACGCCGUAUCAUUCAAUCGGCAGUCUUCAAUGAAUUAUGCAAACUCAUUGAUCCUGGUGUGAAGACAUGGCAGCCUCACAAAGGUCAAUCGAAUAUUGUUAUGUUUGUGGGCUUGCAAGGCAGUGGAAAGACAACUACAUGUACAAAAAUGGCUUAUCAUUAUCAACGUAAGGGAUGGAAGACGUGUCUUAUCUGUGCUGACACAUUUAGAGCAGGGGCUUUUGAUCAACUGAAACAGAAUGCAACUAAAGCUAGGAUACCUUACUAUGGCAGUUAUACUUCUGUUGAUAGGUAUGUCAUUGCUGUGUUACUCAUGACAAUGUUUACAUCUUUAUAUUGAUUACUUGUGGUUUCUAGUGGUCGUCACAAGCAGGAGGAGUCAUUGUUCGAAGAGAUGCUGCAAGUUUCUAAUGCUAUAAGUCCUGACAAUGUCGUAUUUGUAAUGGAUGCAACGAUUGGACAAGCAUGUGAAGCACAGGCAAGAGCGUUUAAAGAAAAAGUUGAUGUAGCUUCUGUGAUUGUUACUAAGCUUGAUGGACAUGCAAAAGGAGGUGGAGCACUUAGCGCUGUUGCUGCCACUCACAGUCCGGUAAUAUUCAUUGGUACUGGAGAACACAUUGAUGACUUGGAGCUAUUUAAGACAAAACCGUUUAUCAGCAAGCUGUUGGGUAUGGGAGAUAUUGAAGGGUUGAUUGAUAAAGUCAGUGAGUUGAAAUUAGAAGAAAACGAGGAGUUAAUUGGGAAGCUGAAACAAGGGCAGUUCACGUUGAGAGAUAUGUAUGAGCAGUUUCAGAACAUAAUGAAAAUGGGUCCAUUUAACCAAAUAAUGGGUAUGAUUCCUGGAUUCAGUGCUGACUUCAUGACAAAGGGUAGUGAGCAAGACUCGAUGAGUCGACUGAGGAAGAUGAUGACAAUUAUGGACAGUAUGUGUGACCAAGAGCUUGACCAUCCUCAAGGGGCAAAGCUCUUUUCUCGUCAACCAAGUCGGCAUGCACGUGUUGCUCGUGGGUCUGGUGUGUCAGUGAGGGAAGUACAGGAACUUCUUAGUCAAUACACUAAGUUUGCUGCCAUGGUAAAAAAGAUGGGCGGAAUUAAGGGUCUUUUCAAAGGUGGAGACAUGGCAAAGAAUGUUAAUCCACAGCAAAUGGCAAAGUUGAAUCAACAAAUGGCAAAGAUGAUGGAUCCACGUGUUUUGCAUCAGAUGGGGGGUGUAGCUGGAUUGCAGAGUAUGAUGCGGCAGUUUCAACAAGGAAAUACUCAUCCUGGUAAACGUGGUGGUGGUUCACAAUCCUAAGUGGAAUUGAAAGUGUUGACACACAGUUUUGCUGUUGGAGAGAAGAGUGAUAUUCAGGUGUUACUGUAUAGUGCGUUCUAUUUGAGUAUAUAUAUUGUAGGUCAUAUUUCCAGGGUAUGUUUGCAUAUGGACUGUGAUUCAGUUAUAUAAAACUAAAUGUGGAUCCUUGUGCUACCGUAAAUGGUUGUUAGCUGUGGCUGACCCUUGUACUUGUCAUUUGCCAAAUUGUCUUUUACUGUAUCUAACAUCAACGUUUCAAGCCUGAAACUACGUUUUAAGAGACUUCUGAUGUUGCAGCAAA